AUGUCAAAACAAAUUACUAAGGAUAAAAAAAAAGCGAUUACACAUACUGGUACCACUUUUCGAUCGCAAGAGCAAAAACGUAAAACAGUAUUUAAAGCAGUAUUAAAUUCUCCCUAUACUGUAAAAUGGCAAGCCCGAAGUGACCUUAGAAGAUCAACAAAUUAUAUUGGAAGAGCUCUGCAAAAAAAGGCUGCAUACAGAAGGACUCUCAAAUUAAACCGUCGUAAAAGCAGGAAUAAUUCAAACUCACAAAAAGGUGUGGCAAAAAUAAAUGACACAUUAUCUACGAUGGAUGUUGAUAAGACGGAAGACUCUAUGUCAAUUGAUGAAAACGAAAUAGAAAUAUCUAGUAAAUCAAUUCAUUUACCAUCUCCUCCAUCGAUCCUCUCAUGCAUCGUAAUUGGAAUUAACGAAGUUACGAAACGUCUUGAACAAACUAUUAAUCCUGAAAUUAAAACAAAUUUUAAACGCAAAUACACGCAAGGAUUUUCAGAUACAUUGAUUUCAACAAAUCCCAAAGAUCAACUUGCGAACACUUCGCUUACUAUGAAACAAAAUGAACCUUUAAUACCUCUACGAAUGAUUUUUGUUUGUAAAGCUGACAUAUCGCCACCUCAUUUAUGUGCACAUCUGUCGAUCAUGUCUUACAUAGCUAGAGAUGUAUUACUUGUUCCAUUACCUUCUGGUGCUGAGGAAUUAAUUGGGAACAAACUUGGUAUAAAGAAACCGUCAUGUAUUGGUGUAAAGAUAAAAACGCCGGAAUUUGAUAGAAUUUAUAAACUGGCCAAGGACAAAGUAAGUCCUGUUAACGCACCAUGGUUGGCCCCCAUCAAGUUAGAGGCUUCAAAAAAACGAAAAUGUAUCGAGGAAGAUGAAAUUAUGCCAUCUGCUUGCACAAUUGAUGAUUUUAUGAGCAAUGAUUAUAGUUGA